AUGUCUACAGAUCAAAUAAAUCGAGUGUUAGCAAUAAAUGAUAGUAUAGUCUAUGCAAGUACAAAGCUAGACAUUGCUAAAGGGACAUUACAUGUUUUUGGAAUGGUUGGAGAUACUGUUAAACCAUUUGUUCCUUUAAUAUCAGUUGUUACAUCACUUAUUGGAGAAAUUAUAACAAUUUAUGAAAAUGCUCAAUAUAAUAAAAAAAUUUGUAAUUCAUUACUUGAUC